ACCAAUUUUGCAUGGCUUCAUCACAAGCAAUAGCCAAGCCAAGGUCUCAUAUAAAGCUUUUCAAUAAGUAUUAUUAUUAGUUAAGCAAAGAUGACCCUUUUUGGUCAAACGAUAACAGGCACAGUUGUGCUUAUGCAAAAGAAUGUGUUAGACAUUAAUAGCCUAACUAGUGUUGAAGGGCUUCUUGACACAGGUUUGGGUGGUUUUACUUCAAUAGUUGAUACUGUUACUUCCUUCUUGGGUCGUUCAGUUGCUUUCCAGUUGAUAAGUUCUGACAAAGUUGAUUCUAGCGGGAAAGGAAAAGUUGGGAAUACAGCUUAUUUAAAAGGAGCCAUUAACAAUUUGCCAACUUUGGGAGACAAACAAAAUGCAUUCAAAAUUGAAUUCGAUUAUGAUAGUAACGUUGGGAUUCCGGGAGCAUUUUACGUAAAGAACUAUAUGUCAAACGAGUUCUUGCUUGUUAGCUUGACUCUUGACGAUAUUCCAAAUAAUGUUGGAACCAUCCACUUUGUUUGCAACUCCUGGAUUUACAAUGCCAAAAACUAUCAAUCUGAUCGCAUUUUCUUCGCCAACAAUAAUUAUCUACCAAGCAAGACACCAAGUGCACUAGUGUACUACAGAGAAUUGGAAUUGAAGAAUCUAAGAGGAGAUGGAACUGGAGAACGAAAAGAAUGGGAAAGAAUUUAUGAUUAUGAUGUUUACAAUGAUUUGGGUGAUCCAGACAAAGGUGUGGCAUAUGCUCGUCCAGUUCUUGGAGGAUCUUCUACUUAUCCUUACCCUAGGAGGGGUAGAACUGGCAGAAAACCAACAAACACAGAUCCUAACAGUGAGAGUAGGAGCAGCAGUAUAUAUAUCCCAAGAGAUGAAACUUUUGGUCACUUGAAAUCUUCAGACUUCCUAGCUUAUGGAAUUAAAUCAAUAUCCCAGGAUGUAAUCCCUGCUUUGAAAUCAGUGUUUGACAUAAAUUUCACACCAAAUGAGUUUGAUAGCUUUGAAGAUGUGUUUGAUCUCUAUGAGGGAGGAAUUCACUUGCCUACUGAUGUGUUUAAGGAAAUUACUCCUUUGCCUGUUGUCAAUGAACUUCUUAGAACUGACGGUGAAGAAUUCCUCAAGUUCCCAGUGCCUAAAGUUGUUCAAGUGAAAAAAUCAGCAUGGAUGACUGAUGAAGAAUUUGCUAGAGAGAUUAUUGCUGGACUUAAUCCUGGUUUGAUUCGUGUUCUGCAAGAGUUUCCACCAAAAAGUAAACUGGAUAGUACAGUCUAUGGUGAUCAUACUUGUAUAAUAACCAAAGAACAGUUAGAGCUUAACUUAGAUGGACUCACAACAGAUGAGGCUAUCCAGGGCAAGAAAUUGUUCAUCUUGGAUCACCAUGAUUCAAUAAUUCCAUAUCUAAGGAGAAUAAACUCAACUCCCACAAAGGCCUAUGCAUCAAGGACCAUUCUUUUCUUGAAAAAUGAUGGAACUUUGAAGCCAUUGGCCAUUGAGUUAAGUUUGCCACAUCCUCAAGGAGAUCAAUAUGGUGUUGUUAGCAAUGUCUACUUGCCUGCAAUUGAAGGUGUUGAGAGUGCUAUUUGGUUACUUGCCAAGGCUUAUGUUAUUGUAAAUGACUCAUGCUUUCAUCAGCUUGUCAGUCACUGGUUAAACACACAUGCAGUAGUUGAACCAUUCGUGAUUGCAACAAAUAGACAGCUAAGUGUGCUUCAUCCUAUUUAUAAGCUUCUACAUCCUCAUUAUCGCGACACCAUGAAUAUAAAUUCACUAGCAAGGUCAUCCCUGGUCAACGCAGAUGGUAUUAUAGAACAAACAUUCUUGUGGGGAAGGUAUGCUAUGGAAAUGUCCUCUGUUAUUUACAAGGAUUGGGUUUUUACAGACCAAGCAUUGCCUGCGGAUCUCAUCAAAAGAGGAAUGGCAGUGGAGGAUCCAAGUUCCCCUCAUGGUGUCCGUCUAAUAGUAGAGGACUACCCUUAUGCAGUUGAUGGACUAGACAUUUGGGACGCCAUUAAAACAUGGGUCCAAGAAUAUGUAUCAAUAUACUAUCCAUCAAAUGACACAAUUCAGCAAGACUCUGAACUCCAAUCUUGGUGGCAUGAAAUUGUCACUGUUGGCCAUGGUGACAAAAAAGAUGCUCCUUGGUGGCCAACAAUGCAAACUCCUCAAGAACUCAUACAAGUCUGCUCUACCCUAAUAUGGAUCGCUUCGGCGCUUCAUGCAGCUGUUAAUUUCGGACAGUAUCCUUACGGCGGUUUCAUCUUGAACCGCCCCACCCUCAGUCGGCGGUUCAUGCCGGAAAAAGGAACUCCGGAAUAUGAUGAGCUUUCAACGAAUGCUCAGAAGGCUUACCUGAGAACAAUAACUCCCAAGUUUCAAACUCUGAUUGAUCUUUCUGUUAUUGAAAUCUUGUCCAGGCAUGCUUCUGAUGAGUACUAUUUAGGGCAAAGAGAUAGUGCUGACUUUUGGACAAAUGAUACAAAGGCACAAGAAGCAUUCAAGAGGUUUGGAACAAAUUUGGCUAAUGUUGAAUUGCAAUUGGUUCAGAGGAACAACAAUGAGACUUUGAGGAACAGAGUUGGGCCUGUUAGCAUGCCUUACACUUUGCUUUAUCCUUCAAGUGAAGAAGGCUUGACUUUCAGAGGAAUCCCUAAUAGUAUCUCUAUCUAAAUGCAUAUGGGGGUG